GUUUGUCAUCACAUCUCGUGAGAAACAUGAACUGAACGGACGGUUUUUCGUAAUUUCUUGUCUAAUUACGAAUUAUUGAGAGGUUUCGGACAUUGUGAGGUGUUUUGUGGGGGUACUAAAGGGUAAAUGUGUUUGUGAGGUCUACAAACAUGUCUAGAUUCGCUGCUAAUGCUGUUUGCGGCCUGGCGAGAGCUGCACAGACCAACUCGUCCCUACUGUCCUCAAUCUCCCGUCAGUCAAUCGUCCUGACGCAGAUCAGGAAUCACAAACACUGGAAUCCAAAAUUCAAGAAACUCCGCGCUGAGAAAGUCAUCAAAGUUAAGCUUCCUGAUUACCAAAAGGAGGACAAUGACGAAUUAACUGCUGAGAAAAUUCGAUCUAAAAUGAAGGAGCAGGGUCUCCAGCCCAGUAACCCUUGGAUAGAAAGGCCGAUAUUUAUCAGCUGUACUGGAUCUAUUUUCGAGGAAUAUGUGCCUCCCGAGGGCGACGGAAAGUUCUCUGUAGUCACCGGUGCAGGCGCAAAGCAAAAGGUGCAGUUCAUGACGAAAAAGGGUAGAUCGUACUUGGCCACAAAAAAAAUUACCAGUUUUCUGGACGAGUUCUCGAUUAGUGCAUUCGAGGAAGAAGCUCAAGAAAUAUAUAUUAAGGCCCAUCAAGCUAUCGCCGAUAAAGAUAAUGAUGCCCUACAAACCCUUGUGACUGAGAGAGCUUUUCCUGAGGUGAAGCACAAUACCAACGACAAAACGAUUCGCUGGAAGUUCCUACAGUCCCUCACACCUCCUCGUGUUGUGCACGCCCGCUGCACAGACCUCAUCACGAAGGACAAUGUCUUUGGGCAGUUGACCGUUCGUUUUCACACCCAACAGACCCUCGCAGUGUACGACAGAUUUGGUCGUCUAAUGCAUGGAAGUGAAUUCGUCAAGAAAGACGUACUCGAGUACGUGGUAUUCGAGAAUCACUUGGCCAAUAAAUACGGUGCCUGGAGGAUUCACGGGAAAAUCAUUCCACCCUGGAUGCCAGAGCGAGAAAACGCCCAAAGGACUUACCUUAUGAAGCCACCACCAGAACCUGAACAGUUGGAGGAGCCACCGACAUCAGAAGUGUCUGUUGCACAUGUCGAUAAAGAUGCCUCGACCCAACAACCAGCUGCUGCCUAGGUCUACGUAUAAUAACUAAAUAACAAAUUGAUAAAAUAAACAUUAUUGGGUAAUAAAA